AUGCGGUCAGGGACUACAAAAGAAACUCAUCGAUUCCACGGCAGGAGUUCCUCCGAAUCAUAUGAAGUUUCAAAAAUCCUUGACUGUAAAGUCGUCUCUGGCACAAAGCUGUACCUCAUUCGAUGGAAAGGGUUCGAUGCGACGGAGGACUCAUGGGAACCGGCUUCAAAUUUGCAGUGUCCGCUUCUAGUUGCCAAAUUCGAGAGGAGGCGCCGAGAUCAACAUAGCUGUACCAGUGGUAUAUGCAUAUUUUGUGUGUUCAGUGCCAUGUAUCUCUUGCGGAAUUUAGUACGAGCGAAAGAACGCCGCAAAUCGGCCCAUGCGACUGCGCCAAGAAAAGGCACGACAGAUUCGUAUAAAAAUAAUAGAAUGGCUAAAGAUUCUGCUUCGACAAUCAGGCAAAGAAGUUCGAGAAGCAAUGCGACCGUGAAAGUUGUGUCUGGAGGUGCCGUUAACCAUGGGAACCCUAAUAAUAAGAAAGGCAAGUGCAAUUAUGGCGCUAUAGAUUAA